GGUUCUAGAAGUUUGACAUUGAAGCUCACAAGGCGAGCUAAAAUGCGACGUCGCAGCGUGCUGUUGAACUGAUGUUGCUUUUAUCUGUACUGCUAUUCGUCCGUCGAUCGCGUGUCGAGGCGGCGGUUAGCUGUGCAUGGGACAGCACGUGCAGUAAGUAUCAUGAAGUAUGUGCCUCAAAUCGUAUGGUACGUAGGUGACAUGGGCUGCGUGGUAUAAAGUGGUGAGUGAACACAAGAGUCAAUAUUACCCGUUCCUCCUCUUCUCGGGCAUUCUUCUUCUUCGAGUCAGCACAAUGAUAAACCAUGCUCGAUUGCUGUGUUUUGUAGGUGUCGUCUCGGCUGCCUUUGUAGGUAAUCUCAACUAUCUCUCCCCUUCGAGACAUCAUGCUUCACUAGGAGUCUCCAUCCAUAGAGUAGCCAAAAGAACCCAUGGGACUACACCGUGGGCGCCGAGCCAACUGAAUUUCACCCAUGGCGUUGCCUCUGGUGAUCCCUCGGAAGAUAGCGUGAUUCUCUGGACGAGGGCUGCACCAACCAACGACAACGAUGCGAGCAAUGUCACCGUCUCGGGAUAUGUGCCGCUUUACGAUCACUCAACCGAAGAGUAUGUCAUGUCAAGCAAUGCGCCUGUCUGCGUCGACUGGAAAAUCGCAACCUCCGAGUCAUUGAAACAUGUCGUAGACUCGGGCACUGCCUACACAAGUUCGGAUAUCGACUAUACUGUCAAGGUAGAAGCCAGGAAGCUCAAAUCAUUCACGACAUACUACUACCAGUUCUCCAUUUGCAACUCUGAGAACAAGUCGCCUGUUGGGCGUACCAAGACUAUCCCCGCUGCUAAGGAUAAGAUUUCAAACCCUAUCAAGCUGGCCGUAUACUCAUGUUCCAACUAUCCAUUCGGGUUCUUCAAUGCGUACGGCAACCCCGCGCGAAAAGACUCGGUGGAAUACGUUAUUCAUCUCGGUGAUUACAUUUACGAAUACGCUAACGGAGAGUAUGGUUGGGGAGAUUCUUACGGUCGGAUCCCGCUUCCAAACCGGGAGAUACACACGCUAUAUGAUUAUCGCAAGCGCCUUGCCACCUACAGGACCGACAUAGAUCUCCUUGCCAGCCAUCAGAGGUUUCCCUGGAUUCCUGUGUGGGAUGAUCAUGAGGUGGCCGACAACACUUGGCGCGAUGGGUCCGCCCACUUGAAUAAUACCGAAGAAUCAUUCAUUGAGGAUGGAGGUGUUUCUGUCGACCAGCGGAAGAUGAAUGCUGUAAGAGCUUAUUUUGAGUGGAUGCCAAUCCGACAAGUCGAUAUGGACGAUAACCUAAGAAUAUGGCGCAACUUCCAAUUCGGCAGUCUAUUUGACCUUAUUAUGCUCGAUACGAGGCAGUACGAUAGGUCGAUAACCGAUGUCUACUGGAACACACAUUAUCUAUCUGAGAUCUACAACGAUGCUAGCAGAUCGCUUAUGGGACCCAGACAAGAGGCGUGGUUUUACAGGACUCUGAAGGAUAGCGAGAGGCGAGGAACCACUUGGCGGGUAAUUGGAAACCAGAUUGUCUUCAGUCGUAUCAACUCCAGUAUCUCGUCAGGCGCAGAGACACCUUUCAACUAUGACCAAUGGGACGGCUACCAGGCGAACCGCAACAGGACUUUCCAUACUCUAUACGAGAACAAGAUUGGAAACAACAUCUUCCUCGCCGGCGACUCUCACGCUUCGUGGGUGUCUGAUCUCAUCUGGCUUGACGAACACCCUUACGACCCAGUCACAGGUAACGGAUCAAUUGGUGUAGAAUUCGCCGGAAGCGCCGUAAGCUCGCCGUCACCAGCCGGGCAGAAUGUAACUCUCGCAGAGGCCCAGGUCGGCUCCGAAUACUUCGUCGCUACCAACCCCGAGCUCCAAUGGCAGGAUUUCUACUACAGGGGUUACUACGAGUUGUCCAUCAGCCAUGAGCGCGUUGACGCGGCGUACUUCGGCGUCCCGACUACUAAAGUCCAAAGCGGGGCCGAGAUAUCCCUCGCGAACUUCACGGUCCUCGCCGGGGCUAAUAAGCUUCAUAGGGAGAAUGGUGCUGCGGCUGCGGGAGGUGUGGUCGAGGCUGGUAGUCUCAAGGGUGGAAAAGUCGUCCCGAAGAACGUGUUGUUAGAUACUGAGACGGAUGAGUGGCGGAGUUACUAGGCUGAUCAGAAGGAUGUCAUGUUGAUGUCUAUAUGAACUUAGUAAUUAUAAUGAAUAAUUCCAUUUACGUAUUAUUCAUAGUUCUAAUCACGCUGUGAGGUUCGGUUACACGGAAGAGGGGAUGCCCUUUGUCUUGAGAUUUUGUAGAUCUUGCAUACUUCAAUAGAAAGAAAUGCCG